GCAGCUGAGCUGAGCAGCAGUAUGGCGGUGGCCUCGGGGGUGUGAGGAAGUGUCGCUCCUCCGCUCUCUCUGCUUGCACCGCUCUUAACCAAUAUUGUAAACAUCUUCUCACAAGCACUGCUGCUGCUGCUGAGGAAGCAGCUGUGUGCUGCAGCCUGCUGUGACACACCAACAUCAUCACAAGUGCAGUGCCUCAUGAGAAGCAGUGUUCACCGGUAGUGACGAGUCUGUUCAAUGCCUCACGAAAGUACUAUUCACUGCUAGUGACGACACUACUGUUGAAUGCCUCGUCAGAAACACUGUUCACUGGCAGUGACGACACUACAGUCUGUUGAAUGCAAGAAAGGCUGAGUAGCGGUAAAGUUCCACCUCGGGCCCCCCAAGGACCCACCACCAGGAUGCGUGUGACUGGCCUGGUGAGCGGGUACUGGGGCAGCAGUGGGAGUGUGGAGGACGAGGAAGUGGAUGUAGAGGCCCAGUUCUCAGCCCACACCCCUGGUACUACCCACCACGCAGCACAACGUCGCCCAGGUGAGAAUGAGAAUGGAGCAGAAGGCAGUGGCUCCGAUUCCCAGAGUGAGAGUGGUAUUAGCAGCAGUAGUGGAAGUAGUAUGAGUAUUGCUGGCCAAAAACGAAAGAAGACUUGCUUGAGUGGAUCAACAGGUCCACCCCGGCGGGGUAAAAAAAGGAGAUCCGGUAUAUCUGCAAGGGAGAGAAACCUUCGGCGACUAGAGAGCAAUGAACGUGAAAGAAUGCGAAUGCACUCCCUCAACAAGGCUUUCCAGGAGUUACGUGAAGUCAUCCCACAUGUGAAGAUGGACAGGAGGUUGAGCAAGAUUGAGACACUGACAUUGGCAAAACAUUACAUUAUGGCUCUCACCAACACUGUUUGUGAUAUGCGGGGUGAUGAGAAGCCAUACAAAUUUUUAGAGGCUUUUGUUAACCAAGAUGAUGAAAAUCCAGAUGAUGAUGAAGAGGAAGAGGAGGAAGAGGAAGAGGAAGAAAUGGAAGAAAUCAAUAACAAUGGUGUCACACAAGUGUUAUAAAGCAGACUCAAAAUACUUUAUGGGUGAGGUAGUGAGACGAAAGUUCUAUCAAAUAAAAAGGAAAACUUACCAAACUCUACAGUAUGCAAAUUUCAUUAAAGAGCCUAAAUAUGUUGGUCGGGGCAUGAUAGCAUUCAUCAGUAAACACAAUAGAACUGCCUCUGCUAGUUUAAAGAAAAAAAAAAAAAGAAAAAAGAAAAUUCAUUAUUUCAUUGUAAAUUUAUAGCAGUGAAGUUCUUAAAUUGUGUGAUGUUGCUUUCAUGCCCCGACCCAUUAAUUAAUGCUCUUAGUAGGAAAUUAUGAAAGUGUUAUAUUAAAGAUUGACUAUCUUUUAUGAGAUAAAUAUCAGAAUUAGUUUGUAAAAUAUUUUUUUUAUGAUGCCAGCAUUAAUAAAAUAAUUAUACUGUUAAAGUAUAAAUUAUACAUAGUAUCACGUGCUUUACUGGAGUGACAUGGAUUGUGCAAUAUUGCUAUUUUAAGAGAAAAAAAAGACUGAUAAAUACAUUGUAUUACCACAGUGUACCACUUACACACUACACUUUAUCUUGCACAAAUAUUACAGCUUUCUUAGCAACUUCCAGUGGGCUUGUGCAGAAGCAGGGGGUUUCAUAAAUAUAUAUUGCACUCUUUCAAUUUCUCUGCCCAUGACAGCUCACAAGAUCAUAAAUAAAAGAUAUUUUUAUACAGUAAGGUAAAAACCUAGAGAGAUUUUCAAAUUAUAGGUGAUGCCUCCUUGUCAUAAUUCAUAUUGAAGAAAGUUUUGUUAUAUUGUCUUCACAGAUAAAAAUAAUCCUGAAUGAUGACAAUAAUCCACAAGCAUCAUGAAUAAUUAAACCACAAAAAUUUCAAUUGUAAAAAAAAAAAAAAAAAAAAAAAAAAGUCAAGAAAGAGUUGAAGUGGAGACAUACUAAACUUUCUUGCAGAUAAAUAAAAAUUACUAUGUCCAUUUUGUGAAUAAUUUUUAACCAUUCCUUAAGCAUCACAAAGCAAUUGUAUUUUUUUUUUAAUGUUGUGAAGUGGAUUAGUUUCAUAAAAGAUUUUUAAAUGAAUAUGUGAAAUAAGACUUGUUAUUGCUUGGUGGACACAAUUGUUCCCAACACAGAAAUAUAUUUUUGCUGUAUUUACAAGGUAGCACUACACCCAUAGGGAUUAUACAGUGCAUGGGGGGGGGGGUCAUUCAGGUUCAAUCCAAAUUCUUGUAUCAAAAGCCCUCAUCAGCAUCGAGGAACCUUCUGAAGGGGAGCAGAAAUAUAAUGAACUCUUCUAUCACAAUUAAUAACUGGAACUUUGAGUUCAUACUAAUUAAUAAAGUGACAUUACGAGUGUCACACUUACAGGUCAUACAGUGCUGAAGUACUUAUCACUUUAUACAUACUUUGACAGAUAUGCUUUACAAACAUAUGGGAACCAUGGUGUAAAUGUAUUAAGGUUGUUACACCAGAUUCAUCUAUUCAGGCCUAACACUUGUCUCCACCACAGCUCGUGUAUAAUUACAGAAUAACUUGUCAAUGCUAUCUGAAACCUUGUGCCUUAGUGAUAUUUGUAUUUUGUCUGCUCUCUUCAUUGGUUGUGGUGGAUAUGCCUAUUUGAAGUAUUAUGCUUUGUAGACAACACACCUGCCUUAUGGUUAUAGAUUUAACUUUUAUACAUGCCUAAUCAUUUUCAUUCAUUUCAUUGAUAUAUUUUAUUUCAAAGGUCACUUUACUUCUCUAAUGCCAUUUUAUUAAUAUUUAAGUUUGGCUACAUAAGUUUGUUAUAUACAGGACAUGCAGUUCACUCGGUUGAAGUAGGAAAAACUUAAUAUGAUGGCUUGAGAUCUACGAGUUGAGCAUAUGAAUAUAGUAUUUAUCAAUGUAUAUUAGAGAGUUGGCAUUAAAUCUGUUUCCUUUUA